AUGCGCUUUUCAGAGCCAAACCAAACAGUGUAUUGGCUUUUAUGUGAUGAAAACGACAAAUGCUAUUGCGACUGGCGAAUAGGUCUUAAGGACUGCGUUAUCAAAAGCCAAAUACGAAAUAUUUUAAUAUGUGGAUCAGUUUUUUCGUUAAUAACCUCCGUUACAUACUUUUUUUUAAAAGAAAAAGAAUUACCUUUGAUGGGCAUAAAUAUACAUAUAUUAAACUCUCCAACAUCUAAAGCAUUUGCUAUUUUAUAUCGCCGUAUACGAUACAAGAAUCAGAAGCUGUGGGAAAAAGAUCUUAUAUCUGGAUGUAUCAUACCAAGACCUGUGGACUCAUUGCUUGCUAUGAGUACUUUGUAUAAUUUAUUCCGUGCAAUACAAUCACUUAUUAUUGUCACUGACGUUGCGCCUAAUCUCGUCUUCCGCUCAUUCUUUCAUGAAUUGCCUUGGCAGUUUGGAAUUUCAGCUUUUUCUUGUUACUUCUUUGGAAUUGCUCACACAAUUGCAAAUAGUAGCGAAAAAGUAUACACUCAAUGGAUCAGCAUACCUCGUUAUGUGGAUAUCUACUGUACCAUACUUCUCUUUGCUCCUUUUAUUACCAAUAAUAUUUGCUCUAUAUGCUCAGGGGUCUUUGCAGAAAGAGGUGACCUGGAGCUUGCUUACAUUUUUACGCGCGCACUCCACUUUAUUUGGGGGAUCUAUUGCAUGGUGUUCAUGAUCAUUCUCUCUUUUUCCGGGCUUCGACUGAUACGAUUACUGAAAAUACAUCGCAAAAUGCGAGUAGCUAAUCACGGAGACGUCGAGAGUGUUGAUACUGGCAUUCUAAAGGUCAAAAUAGUUGUAAUAGGUGCUAUUGUUGCUCUUUUUUUCUUCACAUUCCUAUCAUUUAUAUAUGGCGGCGCUCGCAACCAGAUAAUUAUGAAUGAAAGUGCAUCUCAGGCUAUAUGUGUAUUUUGGCUAUUCAACGCUCCUAUCGCAUUGACUAUCUGCGAGGUCGCCGUAAUUUUGACCCCAAAAUUGAGCAUAACUCUUGGGUUUAUUGGGCAAAACCAGCCUAAUGAGCUUCAAUACACCACUACUCCACGCCUCGUUAAUGGAAAACCGAUAUACCCAUACCCUCCACUGUCCCAUGCAAAAAAUUCGAAGAAUUCAAAAAAUUCAAAAAAUUCAAAAAAUAUUGAACCUAUGGACCUACAAUUGUUACAAGGAGACUGUGAUACAGAAAGAAAUUCGUCCAUUGUAGAUAUGAACAGCAGCAGCUUUGGAAACCUAAGUCACAGCCCUGAUAAAUACAGCAUAUCAGGCUUUAGCAAACGAUCGUCCGCCCCAACAAAUACCAUAGACUCUCACUUUGAAUAUCAAAAGAAAAUUUCAUUAGAACUAGUCGUAGACUACAAAAGCCACGUAACCGCCUUGGGUGCCCCUCGUUUCCAUGCUUCUAAAGAUGCUCGUAAAGAUUAUGAAGGCGGUAUAAACAGUGAAAAUUCAUAUGAAACCCAUAGACUCAGCAAUGAACACGCCCACUCUACAUCACACUCGAGUAACAAACAGAAAUUCAAAGUCACAUUUAAAGAAAGUGACAUGUUUGUAAAUGCACCGGCGUUACGGGACUAA